CCGCCACGACCUCCGUGCACAUUCAUUCAUUGCUUCUGCAAAGUAGGUUCAGGCUGUUGGUUGUUCUGUACUUUUGGAGCAAUGACAAAGGAUUUCAAACUUAAACAGCCAUGGAGUACAUGACAUUAUCAAACCCGACGGAAUUAGAUGUUACUUUAAAUUCGACCGGAUCAACUUCAAUGAUUAACGGGACUGUGAACGAAAUAAGUGGCGGUCUUAUUGUAUACAUUAUAGUUGUUUUUGUACCCAUUGGUAUGGUCAGUAUCAUUGGAAAUGCGGUUGUUGUGUUGACCAUUUACCGAUAUCCAUCGCUUCAAAUUGUUAGGAAUUACUACAUUGGAAGCCUAGCUGUUGCCGAUUUUCUUACAGGUUGUAUUGCGGUACCGGGAGCUAUAAUGCAUUAUAUUUUAAUACGUGGAAGUUUUUCCGGUGCAAAUAUGAGGGAUGGUGUGACAAUCUACGUAAUGCCACUAUUCCUAUUUUCGUGGGCCUCCAUUCACAACCUGUUAUUGAUUACAUGGGAUCGCUAUUUGGCAGUGGUUCAUCCUCUUGACUAUGUUUCGAAAGCAACAAAAAAACGAGCGUUUCUGUACAUAACGGUAGCUUGGGCUGUUAGUUUCAUCCCAAUAUUAAUUCCCUUCUUCUGGGGAAUGGAUACGAAUGGACAUGGAACUAUACGGAUCAAAUCAAACGCUAACAUGAUCAGGAACUAUAUAUGUAGUGGAUAUUUUUUUAUCAUUCUUACAAUUAUGGUGAAGCUGCAUAUGAGUACGUAUAUAAUUGCAAGGAAAAAGGAAAGGGAGUUACCGGGAACGAUAAUUUCAACCAAGCAAAAACAUGGGUCCGAAUUAGCAAUAGAACUUCAGUUAAAAUCAUUCAAGACAAUAAGUCUUGUGCUAAUUGUAUUUGUGACUUGUCUAACGCCUUUAACUGUAUUGACGUACGUAGAAUACAUUUGGAGCGUUUCUAUACCGUGGCUGGUCUGGUUUACAGAAGCUAUUGUGUUUGCUAGUUCGAUGGUCAAUCCAUUUAUCUAUGCCUACAGAAGGCAAGAUUUUAGGCAGGCUUUUAAACGAACGUUCAGGUGUAAAUUAUCACACUCAGCCCUCUCAACAACAACAGUAUGACUAUUUCGAUAACUUGUAGGCCUAUUCCUUUAAGUAUAUGGGCCUACUACUGUAUUUACCAAUAAAAUCGAGGAAAAAUGUCUAAUUUAAAAUUAUAAAACAUUGACUUAAAACCAAAAACUGAUAAAAAUAGUUUUCGGUGAAUUAGGCCUACAGACUACUACAAAUAUCUUUAAAUUGACUUAACUAGCCUAUUUAAUGGUCUUUGCAAAAUAAUACAGUAAAUGUGUUAUUUAGGCGAAAUGUCUGUUACUGACGGAAAUAUAUUUCCCCUUCAACAUUUUUAAAUGUACAAAUUCAACAAUUCAAAUAUGGAAUUAAUUUUUAGCUCAGUGUGGCAGACAGCCUAAUAAUAUUUGCAAUUUCAAAAAGUAGGCCUAGCAGGACAAAACUUGACCUCUGCACCAAGAAAGUGAUAAAUGGAAUACUGUACAGUACCGUACGGCUCUAUGAAGCAGCUGUUAGUAAUAUUAAAGUUAAUAAGGCCUAAUCUUUUUACAAAAUGAAUUCCGUUUGUGUGUUUCAAUGAACAAUAUAUGAACAUUAAUUUAUCAGGUAGUGAAGCUCAGGAAUCGAAAGCCAUUGUUUAUCAUCUUAAAAUUAGUUUCAAUAUGUUUUUAAAUUUCAUAAACUGUGCUACAGUGAGAGGAAGUGAAGGUUGUUCAGGAAGGUCAUCAAAGCGAAUAUUUAUUAAUAUUUAAUUAGGCCGAACUUUGUUAUACACAAAAACUAUAUUUUUGUCUUGCUUUUACUUUAUACAUUCUUGUAUAAUCGAACAAAAGGCUAACUGAUCAUGAAUUUAUCGGGAUGUGAAACUCAGAGGAAUCGAAAGUCAUUAUUGGAGUUUUGUUUCAUGAUGUUUUAGAAUAUUAGAUAAGUCACAGAAAAAGCUAAACAUUGUGCUACACUAAGUAGGCUAUAGAAUUUUACGUGAGGAACGAUAUGAUGUCGAUAAAUGUGAAAUAUGGGAAAAAGAACCUUCAUGAACGUUCGUAAAGGCAUGCCCUCUGGUGAUAGCGUCAUCUUCGUAAAUAAUGCAUAAUGGAUAUCAUAAUUAAACGCCGUAUUGCACUCUCAUCACGAAAAGAAAUGUUAUGCUAAUCUUUUUAAUGAGAAAACAUAAGGAGACCAGACGGCUUCCAGACUUUAUUUCUGCAAUAUUUUAAUAAUUUCUGCCUACAUUAAGCCUUACAGGAUUUAGAUUGAGAUUCAUGCAAUAAAAUCAAAAAUUUAAAGUGUAUUCGUUGUAUCAGUAUCAGACCAACGUCAUAAGCUUAAAUAGUGAGUAACAAUUAUUCAUCAUCAAUCAAGUUGUUUGAGUGUUGUUGGAGUUAGCAAUAUAUUGUACUAUUAAUUUCUACGUUAUAUAGGGCCUAUUUUGUCUUCUGGCAAUGCUGUAAAUAAUUGAAAUGUGUGCAUAAACAUUAUGCACGAAGUAUUAUUUAACCGACCUAUAGGCCUAAGGGAGCAAGCAGCUACAUAUAAUACCGGUAGGCCUAUACAUUUUUAUUUUCCCCUUGAACUCGACCGCACAAAACAAUAGGCCUAACUAACUGUAGCGAUAAUUGUAACAUGAAUAUAUUUAAAAAAAAAUAAUAAUAAUAAGAAUAAUAAUAACAAAAACUAUUGUGCCUAAAAAACACCAUUCUUUCAUCAAAAAUAUGUUCCAUAAACUACAGUAUAAAGAAAUUAGACAUAGGCCUACUUAAGUACAAAAUUCUGCUUCAAUUAUGGAAAUCUAUUAAUUCUCAGCCUUUGACAAAAUACGUGAAUCUACUGCGAAUCUAAACAGAAUCUAGCCUAUCUACUCAGCUUUUAUAGCUUUUGGUUCGCGAAUGAAUUGGCCGUAUUUUAGAUUGUGUAAUACUUCAGUCGUGAUGGAAAGAUUUAAAGGUCUGAAUUAUUCAUUUUCUAUUAUUCAUUUUUUUUUAUCUGUAUACGCUUACAUUUUUAAAUAUUUCCAAGACACAAAAAAAAAAACAAAACAAAAAAAAAAAAAAAAAAAAAAAAAAAACAAAAAAAAAAAAAAACACGGGGAUGAUUAAUGAGAUAAAGUUUUUUGAAUAUUUAAAAACUGGAGGGAAAAUAUUGAAACACCUGUCUCACUAACCGUUCCUAUUUUUUUUUUUUCGUCAAAUACCUGUUCUCUCUCACUUUCUCUCUCUCUCUCUCUCUCUCUCUCUCUCUCUCUCUCUCUCUCUCUCUCUCUCUCUCUCUCUCUCUCUCUCUCUCUCUAUCUCUUUUUUGGUGAAAAAUCGGUAGUACAACACAUCAACAGUUGUUUUCCCCGGAGCUUUCCAAAAAUCUGAUAAACACCUCGUUCGUCUCCCUGUGGACUUGUUAAGUGUUGACUGCUUCACAAUUCUAAAUAAGACCGAAAAAUAUUAACAACAAAAUAGUAAUAAGUCGGUCUUUAUUGAGAUUUCUAUGUUGCUGUCAUACAUCAUCAUAAUAAAUAAUAUAUUAUCAGAUAAUGUUUCAUUUCCAUGCAAUGUAUACCAUGAUGUAAUAAUUAUUACAGUAGAAUAUAAUCAUAUUACGUCCUAUAACAUUGAAUCUACUGAUUGAAUAUGCAGUGUGUAAAGUUGUUAUGAUUCGGUUUGCAUGUGUAUAUAUAAUAACCUUAGCUUCUGGUAAUUAAAAACUUGUUCAAUAUCAUUAUUAUUAAUACAGUAUGGGUCAACGUUUCUUUUUCCCAAUUAUAUUUUUCCACUAUCGCAUUUUAUGAUUUUAAUAAUAAUAACUUGCAACAUACUUGGUGUAUCAGUACUAUAAGUUUAUUAUAGUUAAGAGCUAUUUUUAUAUUCACACUACACCUCUAUAGUUUUCACAGAUCAAGAAAUUUCCAAUGUAGCCAUUUUACCAUUAUAAUACCAUAUCUCAUUUUGCAAUAUUUUGAAUGUAAAUCCCCUUUUAAUAUAAACUUUACCGAUUUAGUUUAUUAUUUUACUAUAUUUAGGCUCAUAGAUUUUUGAUAUGCCAUUAAUAAUAGAAUCAACCUUA